AUGCAUAGAUUUUACGCUGCUCGUAGCGCCUCUCGACUACCUCAUCGCUGCUUCACAAGGUCUUGCGCGUCUCCACUGAACGACUUACCAGACAACAGUGUUCUUGCCUAUGCGGAUGGCGCGUCUCGCGGCAAUCCCGGUCACAGCGGCUGCGGUGCGUUGCUGAUGGACCCUUCGUCGGGUCGCGUGCUGGCCUCAGAAACCAAGUACGUGGGCAACCAGGAGACCAACAACGAGGCCGAAUAUCACGGUUUGAUGCUGGCGCUGCGACUGGCGCAGAGGUACCAAGCUACGUAUGUGCACGUGCACAUGGACUCCCAGCUCGUCGUACGGCAGAUGCAGGGCCUUUAUCGCGUCAAGGCCACGAAUCUGCGAAGACUCCAUCAGCAGUGCAAGGAACUUAGUGCAGCGUUUCCCCAUGUGACAUUUUCACACGUGGCUCGAGAGAAAAAUGCCGCUGCCGAUCGUCUCGCGAACGAAGCCAUUGAUGAGUACAAUGCCAUGGUCAAUUAA